CGAAUUGAUGUAUAAAGAAGGAAGUUCUGUGUGACAAUGCUGUCUCACUGUGACAAGAAGGCAGAAGAGGAAGACACGUCUUCAGACAUCUUCAGUGAGCAGAUUAAGAUCUGAAGAGUCAAGAGUGGUGUGAGUUCCAAAUCAAGCAGAGGUGGGACGUUAAAGUUCCAGGUGGCCUUCAGCGUCGCGUGGGAAUCGUAGCAGCUGCCAAAACACCUCCCUGCCCUUGAGCAAGGGGGCGUUAAGCCAACCCCGGAGGUUCCAUAAAGGGGCGAGCAGGGGGUCCCAGAAGGGACUCUUGAGGUCUGUCACAAUGAGGGUCUUGCUCGUGUUGGCCGCGUUGCUCGUCGCCGCGCUAGGCAAGGAGAUGUUUGAGGGACACCAGGUUCUUCGCAUGGUGGCGAAAGAUGAACAGCUCUCUCUUCUGAAGCAAAUGGAGGACAUGGAGGAGUAUGGGCUGGACUUCUGGAAGGAGGCGAGUGACGUGCACGCUCACGUGGACGUCAGAGUUCCCCUCGCGAGUCUCGAGGCCGUCAAACUUUUCCUGGACAGCAACGACAUCGAAUACUUCGUCAUGAUUGAAGACCUGCAGAUGAUCCUGGACGAGGAGCAGGAGGAGAUGGACGCCUUCGCUCGUGAAGCCGAGCCCAGAAACACCGAUAGCUUUGACUUCUCUAGAUACCACAGCAUCAGCGAGAUAUACAGGUUCCAGGACAUGCUGGUGGCCGAGAAUCCCAAACUAGUCAGCAAGCUGGUGAUUGGUCAAAGCUAUGAGCGGCGUCCGCUCAACGUGCUUAAGUUCAGCACGGGUGGAAGCAACCGUCCCGCCAUCUGGAUGGACACGGGAAUCCACUCCCGUGAAUGGGUCACUCAGGCUAGCGGCACCUGGUUUGCCAAGAAGAUCGUCAACGACUAUGGCCGCGAUCCCGCCCUCACUGCCAUCCUCAAAAAGAUGGACAUCUUCCUGGAGAUCGUCACCAACCCAGACGGCUACUACUACACGCACACUAAUAACCGCAUGUGGCGUAAGACCAGGAAGCCCAACCCUGGUUCCUCCUGUGUGGGAGUGGAUCCCAACAGGAACUGGGAUGCUGGUUUUGGAGGCCCCGGUGCUAGCGGCAAUCCUUGCUCAGACACAUACCGUGGGCCGCGGGCGCACUCCGAGUCGGAGAUCAGCUCCAUCGUGAACUUUGUCAAGUCUCACGGGAACAUCAAGUCCUUCGUGUCCAUCCACUCAUACUCGCAGUUGCUGCUAUACCCAUACGGAUACACCAGGACGCCUGUCAGGGACCAGGCUGAGCUGCACAAUUUGGCCAAGAAGGCCAUCACAGACAUGGCUUCUCUCUAUCGCACUCGGUACCGAUACGGAAGCAUCAUCAACACCAUCUACCAGGCCAGCGGUGGAACUAUCGACUGGACGUACAAUCAGGGCAUCAAGUACUCGUUCACCUUCGAGCUGCGCGACACAGGACGCUAUGGCUUCGUGCUGCCCGCCAACCAGAUCGUUCCCACCGCCAGGGAAACAUGGUUGGGCCUCAUGGCCAUCAUGGACCACACCUCCAAGAACCUCUACUGAGGCACAUGCCGCCCUCUACAGGAGGAGGGAGGUCUGUAAAGCCAAUAAAGCAAGUCAGAAAAAGCA